UUUCCCCUCCUCUUGUAGCUCUUGGCUCUGAAAGUCACUGAUUUCCUUUGGAGUUUGGGAGGAGAGACACAAGGAGGGGAAGGGGUGCGGGAGAGAGACAGCCUUUCCUCGGAGCUGAAGUGGUCAGGAAGAGCUCACAGGACAAGGGGACGCAAAGCCGGCGCAGCAAGAGAGCCAGGAUACACACCCCUCCACGGCAGCUGAGAUGAAGCAGCUCCUCUUCCUCUUCGGGCUGAUCGCCAGUUCCAUCCAGAUUGAGGACAACAAGAUCCCGAGCCUGUGCUCUGGGCAGCCCGGCAUCCCAGGCACGCCCGGCAGCCAUGGAAGCCAGGGUCUUCCAGGCAGAGAUGGACGUGACGGCCGGGACGGAGUGGCCGGGACGCAGGGAGAGAAGGGAGAGAUCGGGCAACCCGGAGUCCCAGGUCCCCGAGGGGACAGCGGCAGCCCCGGCAUGAAUGGUCUGACUGGGGAGAAGGGGGCUCAGGGGGAGUGCGCGGUGGCUCCCCGCUCAGCCUUCACCGCCAAGCGCUCGGAGUCACGCAGCCCACCCCUGGCGGACCAGCCCAUCCGCUUCGACGUGGUGCUGAUCAAUGAGCAGGGCCACUAUGACGCGGACACGGGCAAGUUCACCUGUGAGAUCCCCGGCGUCUACUACUUCGCUGUCCACGCCACCGUGUACCGCACCAGCCUGCAGUUUGACAUCAUGAAGAACGGCCAUUCGGUGGCCUCCUUCUUCCAGUUCUACGGCAACUGGCCCAAGCCCACGUCACUGUCAGGCGGCGCCCUGGUGCGCCUGGAGCCGGAGGACGAGGUGUGGGUUCAGGUCGGGGUGGGUGACUACUUCGGCUUCUACUCCAGCAUCAAGACGGACAGCACCUUCACCGGCUUCCUGGUGUACACCUACUGGCAGAACUCAGCUGUCUUCGCCUGAGACCCGAGCUGCCCGGGGCGGGGGGAGCGAUUGAGAAGUGCCGUCCCCGCGGCGCACAGCCCAAACCCCAUCACGUCCCCUGGGGAGGGACCCCCAAGAGGCAUCAGGGUCCAGUGGCCUAAGCAUGGUGGGUUCUUCACCAUUAACGCUUCCCACUUCCCACUAAUGCGUACAGUGGGGAUAAUGAUGCUUCCCUACCCCGGGGGGCGGGGAGGGCGCUGUGAGGAUUCAUUAGUUAGUACUGCAUAAGAGCUAAGUGUUCCUAUUAUCACUGGUGCAUGAAGUUUGGGAGGUCUCAGCCCAGCCCAUCUCCUGGCUCCUUGAGGCACGCGCUGUCUGUGCAAUGUAGACGCAAGGGCAUGGUUAUUGUAUGUCACUGCCCAUAGCCAUUUAGUAUUGAAGCAUAUUCCCGGUGGUGUGAGCGCUGCAUCCCAGCAGGACUGGGCAGCAUCCGCGGCACAAACCCCCCAGUGUCUGUGGGGCUCACUCGCCGCAUCUCAGCAGAGAUUCCAAGGGCUGGGUAGGCCGUGGGCACUGAACUCCCGGCAUAUUGCUGGGGCUGCACCCUCCCUGCUCUGAACAAAAACAGGGCUCUUCAGGGGCUUCCAAUGAACAGACCCAGACCCUCAGCUGCUGUAAAUCACACAGCUCCUCUACGGAGCUUCAAGACUGUACGCCGGCUGAGGAUCUGGCUGGAUCUUCUUCCCACUUACACCCAUGGGGAUACAGAGAAACCCCAUUGAAGCCAACGUGGGAGCUCCAGGUGGACCCGGUUACAAUGGACUGGACCCUGCUCCCACUGAGUGCUGCCAUUUGACAAGCAGACACCACAUGUGGCCUGACUCCAGUACCCGCUGGACCUGCUCCAAGCACACCCUGCAUAGGGCCGCGGCUGGGACGUGGAGCAGGAGCUGGGUUGACAGGCGGCAGGUUUGCCAGCUAAGUCACCCAACCUCAUCUGUGCUAGGAGCAGGGACCACCCUGCUUUCAUGCCACCCAGACGUCGCUCUCACAGUGUAUAUGACCUCCCUCAAUAAACGGGCUCUUAACUGUU